AUGAAUGGCACGGUAGGCAACGAAGACGAGAUCGAUCUCUUCGACGAUGACGACGAUUUCGAUGAUCUGUCGGAGUCCGCUCUUCAAGAACUCGAGCAACAUGCAAUUCUCUCAACGCAACAACAGUCCUUACAGCGUAAUGCCCUGGUGAAGCCUACCUCGUAUCCCCCGCCUCGAUCCAAUCUCACCAGACGCUUGCCAAAUCUCUCGGAGAACUACCUAGAGGACGAAAGCUUUGAACUCCUCGGGGACGAAGGAGUGGCUACCCCCGUCGAGGAGUAUGCUUCUUUUAUAGCACGGCCGCAAGUGCGAGGUGAGACUGCGCAGAGAGAACAGUUUCGACAACAACGCUAUGGCGAUAAUCACUUCAGGUCUGCUCCGACUCUGAACAGACAACAGGUGCAGCAGCAAAUACCUGCUGCGCAGGCCACACCAAGUGAUGGACGUUAUCCUGGCGUGUCCACAAGACUUGAAGAAACGAUGAUAGAUCAGCCUUCACAACGAGUGAAUAUGCCUCCGGCAGGUGGCCACAUGCUUCUCGGUGACCAACUUGAAGACUUGCUCCGAGAACGUGACCAAUUGGCCAAAGAUCUACGAGCUGCCAAUGAUGCGAUGUCCAUGCAAAAGGGUGAAAUCUCAAUUAUACGUGCCAAUGCCGAGAAGGAGAACAAGGUCUACGAUCGUCAGUUGAAUGCCCUCAAGAAGUCAAUCGAAGAAGAAACCAUCAAACACCAGGCCGCAAUGGACGCCAUCGCUGAGAAGAAUAGACAGUUAACAACUCGUUAUCAGUUCCUUCAACAAGAACACAAUCAGGAGGUGCAAGACGUCAAGGCUUUGAAGCAACGACUGAAAGACCGCCCCGAAGCAGAGCAACAACCCACCAUUACUUCAACUCCAAAGCGAGGAAUGGGUGGGUCUCUGAGAGAUGGCUUCGAAGACGAUGAUAUCAUGUUAUUGUCGCCCUCAAAAUCUGCCCGUAGGUCCAAACCCAGUACCCCGACAGCUGCCAAUAGGAGGAAGAGGAAGGCCGGUGGUACCAGUCCCGUCAAAUCACUUCCGUUAAGAUUAUCGGCACCCGAUCCGCUUGAUAUGGCGCCUCCACGGCCACCAGUGCCCCAGCCAGAAGACCAUUCACAAAUAACGAUACGAAGGGAUCCUCGAGCAGAGCGAGACUUGCUUUUCUUACAGAAGAUUCUUGAUUACCGUGUCAAACCAUCACGAGAGAUGCUUCUAGAAAGUCUAAUGAAGAUUUCCUUACCUUCAAGACCUUCGAAGACAUUUUCAAGUAUUCUCCUAGAGCGCAUUGCUCACAUGAAGGAUAAACGUGUUGCACAUGAUCUUCUACAGAUCUUCAUUGACCUCUGGUCAAAGUCACUCAAGGAACAGUACUAUCAACCCAUUUCGUUGCUAAUAGAGAUUGUGGGUUACAUCAUAGAGGUCGAAAUGUUCGUGUUGACGAAGGAGAAUAUCACGACCCUAGUGCCCUUGUUGCGAGCCUCGAUAGCCUUGAACGCUGAGAAACGCUUCAAGCAUUCUCCUGUGAACCAUUCCUCGUUUGGCAAAUUUAGUGCCACACCACAGGCUGCCCUGAAUCAUGAUGUCAAUGGAACUGCCUGUCUGGAGUUGCUGCUCGAUAUAGCAUAUAUCAUCUCAGAUGAACCGGAACUCAUCGACCUCUUCUGGCGGCUACUGGACUAUGAAUUCCUCCUCAUGAUGCUGAACUCAUGGCAACCAAUAUCUGACAUCAUCCUCAACCUCCGCCUUCUGGCAACCUCCAUCUUCCCGACCACUUUCGGCAGCAUCGCUAGCACACCAGAAGAACAGGACAAGAUUGAACAUUGGAUCAUCAAUCGCGUCUGCUGGCUGUUGUGGGAAACCCCAAAGGUCGACGAAGGUCUCCCACCCAACUCAAAAGACCAACUCUGUCAACUCCGCCUCGAGGUCAUGGAACUCCUGACCCGAAUCGCCAUCACCUCCUCGCCAUACCCGCACGACGAUCCCAACCAUCAUGGCAGCCUGCUGAUUGCGUCGGAUGCCCACGCCAUCGCACGCAUCGUGCGCUCUCUGUACGACGAAGUUGCCGCAAUGUACCUCCUGACGCCGACGCACACCCAGCACGCCGAGAUCGUGAACCGCGGCAUUCGUGUCCUCUACCACGUGCUUACAAUGCACAACGCGAGCAUCGACUUACAGGAGAAACUCUCGCUCAUCAACGGCGGUGUGCACAAACAUCGCGUAGUCCUGACACGUCUGGCGUUCAGCCAGGGCUUCUACGUUGACAGAUUGAUCACGGAUGAAACAGUCGCGAUGGCCACAACCAUGUUGGAGGACAGCGUCACUCCCGAUGAAGCAGACGAGCUCAUCGAGGCAUUUCCUGGGUUCAGGGGCAGAGCUACAUAUAGUCAGGAGCAGGGUGUUGAGAGGAUGGAUAUAGAGGAUACUUGA